AUCAAACAUAGCAAUUGCGCUCUUGACCCAUAGCUACGUGGCGUAAGAAAGAAGAAGAAGACAGCCACUACGCCACCCUGACAAGAAGAGUCAAGUCCGUUCGCUCAUAUCUAACGUCUUACUCUGCGACAAACAACGCCAUAACGAACCAUCCACAGCCAAAGCACAUCUUCGAAUCGAGCGACCAGUCACCCUGCAUCUCGCACCGCUCUACGUCUCUCAAAUAACCACACAUCAAAUUAUCGCCAACAUGUUCGGCUCUCUCAGCUCCCUCCAGCCUCGGCAACUAGCCACCCAAGUCCUAAACUUCGCCCUCGUCCUCAGCACAGCCUUUAUGCUCUGGAAAGGCCUGAGUGUCGCAACCGACUCUUCUUCCCCUAUCGUCGUAGUCCUCUCUGGAUCCAUGGAACCCGCUUUCCAGCGCGGAGAUCUUCUCUUCCUCUGGAACAGGGGCUUGGAUACAAAAGUUGGAGAGGUGGUCGUGUAUAAUGUUAGGGGCAAGGACAUCCCCAUUGUGCAUAGAGUUGUUAGGAGAUUUGGUGGUGGUGAAGGACUUUUGCUGACUCAACAUGUGAACCACAGUCCCAAGGCUCCUCCGCUUCAACUCCUUACAAAGGGCGACAACAACGCAGCCGACGAUACCGAACUCUACGCUCGUGGACAAGAUUUUCUCACUCGCAAGACGGAUGUGGUGGGUAGUGUGGUGGGCUACGUUCCCUUUGUGGGUUACGUUACAAUCCUGCUUGCGGAGUACCCAUGGCUUAAGACCGUGAUGCUCGCAUUUAUGGGCUUGACGGUCGUCUUCCAAAGGGAAUAG